AUGGGAGGAAAUCAAAUCUCAGGGAGAAUUCCCCAUGGAAUUGGAAGCCUAGCCAACCUGAAUAUACUCGCUUUGGAUGAUAACCAUCUCACUGGUACUAUUCCAGAAAGUAUCGGGAUGCUUUCGAGGGUAGAGCUUCUAAACUUGGCUGGUAACAUGUUUAAAGGACAGAUCCCAUUCUCUCUAGGCAAUCUCACUCUAUUGAUUAGACUCCAACUGGUACAGAAUAACCUGCAAGGCCCGAUACCUCCAAGCCUUGGAAACCUCCAGUACCUGUUACAUUUGGACCUUUCUCGCAAUCAUCUCAGUGGAACCAUACCCAAAGAAAUCGUAAGCCUUACUUCCCUAUCCAUUUAUCUUGAUAUAUCCAAUAAUUCAUUGGUUGGUUCUCUCCCUCCAGAGGUCGGGAGAUUGAAGAAUCUGCCAACACUAGAUAUUUCUAGAAACAUGCUAUCUGGUAGCAUUCCCAGCACGCUUGGUGAUUGUGAGAUAUUGGAGUACUUACAUCUGGAGAACAAUUUAUUUGAAGGGAAAAUUCCUCAAUCCUUCAGAAACAUAAAGGGCCUUCAAGUACUAGAUCUCUCACAAAACAAUUUAGCAGGUCCUAUUCCAGCGUUUCUCAAAGACUUGAGUCAAUUGAAAAACAUGAACUUGUCUUUCAAUAAUCUCGAAGGGGAAGUGCCGGUAAACGGGGUCUUCAAAAAUGCAACUCAAGUUUCAGUCAAAGGAAAUAUUGGACUCUGUGGGGAAUAUGGCGCAGGUGGUCAGGUGUCCACUUCUGGUGACGUUUAUAGCUAUGGAAUCCUUCUCUUAGAAAUGCUUACCGGAAAGAGACCUAUUGAUGAUAUGUUCAAAGAUGGCCUAAGCCUUCGAAAGUUUGUCGAGAUAGCUUUUCUUGAUAGAAUCAUCAUGGUUAUGGAUCCUCUAAUGCCGCUUGCAGAGGAAGAGAGUAAAACUCAUGAAUGCUUAGUAUCCAUCGCCAAAAUUGGUCUUGCUUGCGCACAUGAAUUAGCGAGAGAAAGAUUAAACAUGAGUAAUGUUGUAACCACUAUGCAUACAAUCAGAGAUGCCUACCUUGGAAGUAGAGUUCAUUAG